GUCAAGGCAAUCCUCGCGCGGCUGCAGAAAUAUGGCAUCACAACCUUUAGUGAGGCGAACGUCAGUUAUGCCUUACAGGCUACAAAUUCAGCCAGCAAUGGCGAUGAAGCUAUGCGUCUGCUGCUCCUCUUCGAAGACACGUACGAAGGCCUGGUCAAGACUUAUGAUCCCUCGACCAAGCUGCUUGGAGCAGAGAACCGCAAUGGUGUGACCUGUUACCUCGACGCCCUCCUCUUCGCCAUGUUCGCACGCCUCGACAGUUUCGAAGCCAUGCUAUACAAUUCGUUUGAUGAUCUACCCCGCAAGAAACUGGCCGGCCUCCUGCGGCUGUGGGUCAACAUGUUACGCUCUGGCAGACUCAUAACUCGAGACAUUACAAAACACCUGCAGGACUCUCUCGCCGAAUGUGGUUGGGAAUCAGCGGCGGAACUGUGCCAGCAAGACACUUCGGAGGCUUUCACCUUCAUCACCGGCCAGCUUGAGCUUCCGCUGCUCACCCUCAAGAUGGACCUGUUUCAUACAGGCAAGGAAGACCCAGCCGACGACCACAAGUUUGUUAACGAACGUCUGCUCGAGGUUGCGGUUGUCACAGAGCCGCCCGAGGGAAGCACCGUUGUUACGCUCGAAGACUGUCUGGAGAACUACUUCAACAAUCGCAUCGAGGUCAAACGCCAUCUCGAUAGACGCAACACGCUUCAGUCCGUGAGAUCAAACGAGUUAUUACGACGGAGGAACUCGUGUGACAAAAUCGGAGCUAUGCACGUCGAGACGGUUGAAUACUUCGAUCAGGCGGCAACUCCCAAGCAAGAUCCCAGCACCCCAAUCAAGUCGCCCUCUUCUGCGCCUAGCACACCAAUCAAGUCUCCUCUUGAUAAGAUCAGACCCGGAAUGAACAGAAAGCGUGCUGAUAGCAUCUUCAGUCAGCGACGAGUCGCGGAUUCGAAGUCUGAUGAAAAGAAUGGAUCCGACGACGCUUCAGGUACUCCUGGACGACCGCGAAAGAACUCGGUUCGCACCGAGGUUUUGAUGCCUGCCUGGCAAUUCUUCAAAUUGCUUCCUUGGUACACGGAGAACAUUGUCCCUACCAGCGAUGCCCAGGUCGCCGCCCACUUUUCAAGGAAGCGUCCCGUGCUCGGCAUCGCUCUCAAACGAUACCAAUACUCCAAUACCGGUGUUGCAAGCCGUUUGGACAACUUCAUCGACAUACCUCUGGAGAUUGCUGUGCCGAGCUUUGUAUCUGACGACGAGAUGGAGGACCACAGCCCGCUCGUUGGCAACUUCAAGCUCGUUCUUCAAUCUGUUGUUUGUCAUCGUGGUGUGUCGGUGAAUUCGGGUCAUUAUGUUUCGCUGGUUCGAGGGCGUGCAGCCAACGCCCCAAGCGUUGAUGGACGCUCCGAUCGACCCGAUACUGCCGAGAGUAGUGAAGAAGAAGAUCCUUGGAUGUUGUUCGAUGACCUUGCCAGAGAACGCGUUACCUACGUUGACAUCAACCAAAAGCUGAAGGAGGAGUGCCCAUAUCUCCUGUUCUAUCAGGUCCAACCUAUCGACGAGGAGCUCAUCCCC